CUGAGGUUUUGUCUGACAAAAAAAUGCCACCGUCCAUUGAAACAAUCAAUAAUCAGAUGUUGCUGAAUAUGAGAGAAAGACUAUACCAUGUUGAUAUGAAAAAAAGUCUGCGUUUGGACAAGACAGAUUUGAUGGACAAGGAUUGCCUGGACGUGUUACCAAUCCUAAAACAAUUAGAGGAGGCAAAGCUGUCAGCAGUGGUAUAUCUGAACUUUUCUAAUGUGGACCAGAUAACAGAUAUAUUCUUCCUGGUGUUGAAACUUAAUGAAAAGAAACUGUCACUAAGCUCCCUGGAAGUUAUAGAUGUUUGUGGCUGUCGUAACAUCACCGAUGAGGGAAUACGCUGGCUAUCAGAAACUGAAUCAUUGGUUUUGAAUUCUAUCAAAUUGAAAGGAUGUAAACAGAUUACACAGAGAAGCAUUUGCAGACUACUGAAUAAAAGGAGGAGCUUAGAGGAGAUCAACUUGACAGCGACAUCUUGUGCAUUCUUCCCUGGUCAUCUGAAAUUGAUGAAUUAUGUGAUGGAUGUGAUCGUUGCUCACUGCCCUCUGGUAUCACCGACCAAAUAUGCCUACAACUGUUGCCAUUCAUUAAAUGCCUUCAAAGGAACGUUUAAAGACAAAGCUGUUGUUCCCUAUCCCCACCACAAAUUGCUGGUGCUGCACUCUCCAUCCAGUCAAAGCACGAAGGGCAUAUUUACUGGAAAUCCUCUGGACUGUGACCAUGGACUCAGCAUAUAUAGAGGUUGGAGGGACACUACAGAGACAUCAGACUUCUACAAUGUGUUUGAAGUUCUCACUGGAAACGGAACAGAGAAUCUAGUCCUAGGUAACGGAUGUAUUGUUCUCCUGCCCUUUAUGACAUCGGAUAACAAGACAGCAUUCAGUCUUGCCUCGCUGAUCCUUACAGUUCUGGGACAGUACCCUGAGAAUGUGUUUGUACUUGCUGCAUUGUCGAAAGAGGUCUCACCCCAGACAAUGAGAGACAAAGUAGUUUCUAUCAUCCAAGACUGGACUACCUACGUGUCAGACUCCAUCAUAUAUAAAGGUGAGAGUGACAGCAGGGUUCUGACAGAGUCCUCCUUCGCUGAUCAGAUGCAGAUUGUAUUCAGCCAGACACUGUUGGACAAUUUGAAUACACUGAUAUCUCAUUCUGAAAUCAUCAGUGCAGUCAGCUUGAUCGAGGAUCCAAAACAUUCCUACCUGGCAUCUUCCUUGAAAAACCUUGAGAAGCACUUUCCUUGGCACACAUCCAAUUUUAUGGAAGAACCAAUCGAAAGUCUGGAGAAAUUGACAAAAAACUUUUGCAGCGUUUUGCCUCUGGUUUCUCCAAUUUUGGAGGUGAUUGAGGAUGUGAGGAGGUCCAACACCUCCCUAAAUGGAUGUAAUGAGAUAGAGUCAGCCAUGCAGAUUCUACAUGACAGGGGUUUGUGUGUGUUCUUCCCUGAUGUUGACGGGAAACCCUCCAUCCCAGAUAUAACUGUACUCCCUACUAUUGCGAACCUAGCGGGCAAGGCUCCUCACCACGCCUAUAUACAAGGGCUGGGACCAGAUAUUCCCUGCUGGAGGAAAGACGACUUCACUUCUCUGAAUGACACAAUUAGGGGACAUGAAAAUCUCCUUCUUAAAGUACUGAAGAAGAUGGGAUUGUUGUAUAGGUUUCCAUGCUCCCUCAGAGAUUCUGAAUUUACAGACAAUGUUCUGUAUGUUUUAUCAUCAGACCUGCCCGACAGCCCAUACCUACCAUCGGACAAAGUCUGGCCUGAUGAGUUAGAAACAGGAGAGGAACAGAGAGAUUGUUACCUGACAUUACCAGCCAUGCCCUCCUACCUGCUGCCAUGUUUUCUCAGAAAACUUCAGGAAAUGUCUAAGGUAUUGUUGAUGUGGAGGACAGGACUGGUAAUUCGUCAAGGUCCAGUGAUGAUUCUGGUGAAACUGAUCUGUAAUCAGAUGUGUCAUGAUUUACCAGGGCUGGUGAUCAGUGCACGGGUGAUGCAUAACAACCUGCGAAACACUCUAACUCUCACAUUCAACAACAUCAGGACACUCUUGGAGGCUCUGUUACAGAAACGGAAGAUUUUCGCAGUGAAAAGUGUGUGUUGUGAGACUUGUAACCCAACCAAGAGGACACAGCUUGCUCUUAGUAACAACUGCUGUCAGGUGAGGGAGAUGGAUGUCAGAGUGAGUGACAAGCCAGUCGUGUGUAGUAAAACUAGCGCUGGGAUAGUUAUCACCAAGGAAACGUUACUUCCUCAAGGUCUAAAACAGAGUGACUUCAUUCCUAACCACAAAUACAUGCUGAUGAUGAUCCAAGGUUUCACUAAGAAGUUGUCGGUAUCACCUCGCUGUUAUUUGUGUAACAACUGUAGCGCACAGGGUGUCUACUGCCCAGAGAACCUCAAGCCAGGCAUCUCCAACAGGAUCUGCAGUUGUAAAUAUACAAGUCUUUGUGUGUAUUGUGGUGUAUGUGACCAGUGCCUGUACCAGAUAACGCAAGCUCACGCCACAGUUCAGCCCUCCUUCCAACUAAGCGAAGAGUACCCCGACUCAACAGCUAAGAGGGUUGGAAAUGAGGUGAAAUUCCGUAGUGGUGAGCAGUACUACAUGCCCGAUCUCCUACAUCCAGAAUACAAUAACCACCUCAUCAUCACCCUCAACACUCAAAAUAACUUCAUCAUAGAACUAGACCAUUUUUCACCGAAAAGUGCUGGGUUUUUUCUGAAGUACAUGACAAGUACAGGAGAGAUAACAUUGAGGGAAAGCGAGGAUACGUUAUCUUACAACAAGGUUUCGGGCGAAAUAUACGACCAAUUAGAUUUCCUCAUUGUCUUGGACGAGACUAAUCCAUUCAGGAAGAAACUACAUAUACAGAAGAAUGGAGAUUUCAUCUAUGGAUUUGACCUGCAUAGUCUCGGUAGGACGCGUGUCAAUAUAACAUCGCAGAAAGGUGGCAGUGUCUUGGUGUACACACCUAACCUUAUACAAAAAGAAAAAAUUGACACCAAGAAUAAAGAGAAUUUUCAAGAUGGCCGUGUCCUGAAGUGCUGUGGACCGUUUCCAACAGUGCUUGAGAGGAAAAUGUCGGUGAUGUGGCCAGCACUAGAGGAUGGUCUCUUACAUAAUAACAAUGGUGACCUGUACUUCACAGGAACUGCCGGCGUGAUGCUGCCCAAACAACUAACGUGGGAGGAGGUGAUAUGUCCAAGUCCAAGGUUGUUAUUGAAGCCAGCUCUCUACCAUCCUCUUUGUGUGGCCAAUGUACACAAUGGUCUAGAGUUAGAACACAACUCUACCUGGCGCCAGCAAAUGUUCCUCAUCCACCUGGUAAAUGCAGAGGGCUACACAUUACCUGUCUCUGAUGAAACCAUGGAUCUUCUCAUUUGGGGCUGGCAAUGCCUCCUGACACAUUACCCAUUUUUGGACUUGCCUCCAGUUUAUGACAAGCUGUUUCCACAGUUACCCUCCACUGGAGUAAAUGACCACAAGGCUGAACUGAUUGGACAAGGUGUACAUGAAAUAAUGCUGCUGUACGUGAUGAAGAAGCUGGCAUCAUUUGGGGAAGACUUCGGCAGAGACAAAAUCCUCGGAAUCACCACUACCAAGGUCGGCCAAUGUCACCCAUACAACAACUCUGGUGCAACGCAACUUCGGACCUUAGCGAAAGACAACCUCACAAGAUUUGGCCUCGAUAUCAUGCUUCGCAAAAAGCGACCAAAUUAUGUGUGUCUGUGUCACGCAGCCUGUCGGUCUCCUGCAGGUACCAGUGGCAACCUGACAGAAAUACCGACGUUGAUUUUCAGUGGUAACCCCAAUCUGGUGACAUGUCUGAAACUUCCUGGUAACCGCCUUACUACCAUCCCAGCUGAAACCUUCCUCAACCUGCCUCAUCUCCUAAAUUGGACCUGAGUAUCAACUUUAUUGAUGUUC